AAAUUAAAUAUGGCCUACUUCACAACCGUGCAAGCUCCAUAACCAUGGCAACACACGGGUACCCACUCUGUACGGCGUUUGCAGGAAGCCCCACCUUCUUCCGGUCAGUUGGGGUGCAAUUGCUGAUAAGGAUAAUGUAGUUAGCGUGGUUUCUAGGGCAGAAGAAGAUUGGCAGCCAGAAUAACCAAUCAUGUUGUAGCUAGUGGGUGUAAUCCUCCUAUAGGGGUGGCUGCGAUCGGGUAGUGUUCUGCGGAGAGGGUGGAAGUGCUGUCAGCGGAUUUUUGUCGUGUUCCAUCUCGGGCAAAAAUGACAGAGCCGGAGCUUUUGCUGGAUUCCAACAUCCGUUUGUGGGUGGUUCUCCCCAUUGUGUUUAUAACUUUCUUUGUGGGGAUGAUUCGCCACUAUGUUUCCAUCCUUCUCCAAAGCGACAAGAAACUAACACAAGAGCAAGUGUCGGACAGUCAGGUCCUUAUUCGGAGCAGAGUACUUCGAGAAAAUGGCAAAUACAUUUCGAAACAGUCGUUUUUAAUGAGGAAAUUCUUCUUCAAUAAUUCAGAAGAUGGAUUUUUUAAAAAGACGAAAAGGAAAGUUGUCCCUCCAUCUCCUAUGACAGACCCCACAAUGUUAACAGACAUGAUGAAAGGAAAUGUGACUAACGUGCUCCCCAUGAUUCUCAUUGGCGGAUGGAUUAAUAUGACCUUUUCUGGGUUUGUUACAACAAAAGUACCAUUUCCCCUGACUCUGAGGUUCAAGCCAAUGCUACAGCAGGGAAUAGAGCUACUCUCUUUGGACGCAUCCUGGGUGAGUUCUGCUUCAUGGUAUUUCCUGAAUGUAUUUGGAUUGAGAAGCAUUUACUCUCUGAUUCUUGGCCAAGACAAUGCUGCAGAUCAGUCACGAGUGAUGCAAGAGCAGAUGACUGGGGCAGCCAUGGCAAUGCCAGCAGACACCAACAAGGCUUUUAAGACUGAAUGGGAAGCACUAGAGCUGACUGACCACCAGUGGGCGCUGGAGGAUCUGGAAGAUGAGCUGCUGUCCAAGGAUCUGAACUUCGAAGGGAUGUUCAAAAAAGAACUUCAGACAUCCAUGUUCUGAGGCUUGAACUGCCUCUUGGAAUGAGCCCUAGCCAUGCAAAGUUUACAUUUUUUUGUUUAUCUGCUUGUAUUGUAUUUUUUAAAGAUGCUAGUGCCACUUUGCAAUAUCUAACUGUGGUACAGGAAGGAAGUUAACUAUGUAGAACCCUUCUUUUAAUGUUCUUUCACAGCUAAGAUAAUCAUGUUAACAAUUUAGACAUUGGCAUCUGCUUAAGACAAAUGCUGGGAUGUUUGUUCUAUAGUUAUUAACAAAAA